UUAACUAUAAAUCCCAAGCAUACAAGCAUUUGGAUCACACGUUUUUAAAAUAUCAAUUUUAUAUCAUUAUUGUUUUGAUUAUCAAAUUUCUACAUUAACUGAUUUAGCAGAGUUCGUUUGAACAGCAGAAAAAAAAACCUAUUUACUGUUCUGGCUGACAAUGACGAAUCAACAGUCAAUUAGCGUAAUGAAGGCGCCAGUGAGCGCGUCCUGGACUCUGCGCUCGUUUACUGGAGGUGAAAAGAAGGAAACAGGACGCAGCUGCACUGUCAAACCCCUGCCCAGACACUUUGUUUUAUUUCUCUUCCCUCCGGCUCCUCCACACGGAAACCUUAGCCUGUUGCACGCUUUGUCUGUGCUCAGUGUGGAGGAGCGUCUCAGGACGAUGGCUGCCAUCAAGGCUCUGGAGCAGUGGUGCAAAAUGCAAUGCGAGGGCUACCGAGAUGUGGCCAUCACCAAUAUGACCACUUCAUUCAGGAACGGAUUGGCUUUUUGUGCGCUUAUACACAAGUACAGACCAGACCUGAUAGACUAUGACGCACUCAGAAAGGAGGAUGUGUUUGAGAACAACAGGCUGGCUUUUCGGGUUGCAGAGGAGAAGUUGGGGAUUCCAGCUCUGUUAGAUGCAGAAGACAUGGUGGCUUUAAGGAUCCCAGACAGGCUGAGCAUUCUUACCUACGUCUCCCAGUACUACAACUACUUUAAAGAAGGACCUCCCAGUGAGGACACGGCUGUGGGAGGGGUCAAAAGGCCAGCAGAGGGCUCCAAGGAGGAGCCAUCAGAGAAGAAAAAUCUCCCUGUGGUUGCCACAAAUGUUGUGUUUAAAAAAGACAUUGAGAAUCAUUUAUCUUUGAGCCCAGCAGCUCAUGCCUCACCAAAGUUGGCCAGAGCUGCUGUUCAGAAGCCGGUUUUGGCAGACAAUGCCAACAAAAAUGGAACUCUCAAUAGCAAAUGUGUUGCAUGUAAGAGCCACGUUCAUCUGGUUCAGAGGCACUUUGUGGAGGGCAGGCUCUAUCACCGAAGCUGUUUCAAAUGCAGUGAUUGCUCCAGCGUGCUUCAUGCAGGAGGCUACAAACCUGGGAAGAAUCCAGACACUUUUAUCUGUAUCAACCACCAGAAUGGUUGCAAACCUUCCUCCUCCGUGGCUGAGAUCAAAAACGGACCCACCGGUUCAGCUGUACCACCGAACGCUGUCGGCCAGACCCAGCCUGCCCCACACCCCUCUUCAGUGCUGUUAACUCCAUUAAAUGUUGCUCUGAAGCCAGUCAGUCCUACUCCGCCUUCCCAGUGCUGGACAGCUUCGGCCAUGAAGACGCAGGCGGCCCGGGAGAGGUUUUUCCAGAGCACGCUGCCAGUCACAGAGGCCUCGACAGGCAAGAGGGAGACAACAGAGGCCUCAGGAAGGCCAAAAGUCCCACUGAGUGAUGAUGAGAAGAACACAGCCAAGACAAACACUGGACAGAAACUAGCAGAGGGAAACUGCAAUAAUAACAACAAACGCCUGUUCACCUUCCAACCAGCAGAGACACGGUUUGGAGAUGAGCCAAGUUCAGCUGACAGCUCUGGUUUGAUGAAGGGCCGGUGGAGCCAAGGCCCAGCAGGAAACUGGGCAGGACAGCUCUUCAUCAGCAAAGCUAAAUAUAAGGAAUUGCCAUGUCUGAAGGCCAUCAACAAAGACAAUACAAGGCCAACAACUGUACACACAACCGCCAAAGAUCCAGAGUGGAAGCUCAAACCUGAGAAAACUGAGACAGGACUAAAAGAUGCUGAAGCUGAGCAACAGAAGCCUGAAUUCAUGGCAAUGACUUCCUCUAAUGUGACCAUCAUUACAACAAGGCCUCCCUCGGCUCCAGCACCCGCAGAACCUCUACUUAGCGGUGCUCUGUUUGAUCCUGCACACCUCAGGGAAGUCUCUCCACAGAACCCUCAGCCUACCUCUGGAAACCUGGAUUUCAAACACGGGAGUCACUUGCCUGUGAAAUCCCCAUCCCGACGGCCAGCUGUGGAAUCUAUUAGCUCUUUAACAACUCCAGCCAAUCACGGAAAUGCAUCAGGUGCUAAAAAGGGAAAGUAUUUGUCACCCACCAACACCUCCAGGAUUGAAAUGAGGUCACCCUAUGUGAAAUCGUAUCAUGUCCCACUAGAGCAGAUUGAGAAGGACUUGAAUGAUAUUGAGACAAACUUGGCUCAGUUGGAGGAGGAGGGUGUGGAACUGGAGAAGAAGCUCCGCAGCUGUGAGGAAGUGGGUGAGGGGGACAUACUGAUGAACCCACUAAUGGUUGACUGGUUCAACCUGAUUCAAAAGAAGCAGAUGUACAUUAGGAAGGAAUCAGAGCUUGUAUACAUAGCCAGGACUCUGGAGUUGGAGCAGCAGCAGCCGGAUGUGGAGGGGGAACUUCGCAGGCUGCUGGAGAAGCCAGAUCAUUUGAAGUCCAGGGAGGAGCAACAGCAGGAGAAGAAGCUGAUGCAGAGACUUAUAGAAAUUGUGGAUGGCAGAAAUGCAAUCGUGGAAGGUCUGGAUGAAGACAGGCGGCGGGAGGUGGAGGAAGAUCUGCAGUUGAAUGAAAUGAUGAAAAAUCUUGGAAUAAAGAGAGCAAAAAAUAAGAGGAAAUCCUACAUCUCAAAACUGUUCAGACGAAGAAGUAAAAGACGAAUUGAGUGAUUCUCAGGAGCUUUUUUUUGUAAUCUGCUUGUUGUAUUAUUUUAUUAUCACUUUUUAAAAUGUUAUGUGAAGGCUAAGGGAGAGAUGUCCUUGGGAUGCAUUGUGGGUCAUGUUGUGUUGUAUGUGGUGUGUGUUUCAAAAAGUUUAAAUGUAAUUUCGUUCCAAGAUUCACCUUCAGUUCUUAGGUUGCUGUUACUUGUGGAAUGAUACAUUUCUGUUUAGGGUGUACUUCAGUCUUUGCUCUUUUCACAAUUAUUUCACUGUUUGUGAGGGGGAGUGUCUAAUUAUAUCACAAAUUCCACUGCAGAUAUUUCACUUAUGUUGAUAAAACCUGAAGUAUUCACAGUAAUAGUUACAAGUCACCAUAUGCCUGUUAUGUAAAGACACUGUAUUUAUUGGAAUGAGGUAUCUAAUUAAUUUUUAGCAAAUUACUGUUAAAUGCAUUUGGUCAAAAAAUUGGAUGUUGGGAGUUAAAAUCAUUAGCAUGAUGUGGAAAUUACAUAGAGAGCACUGGCUGUUCACAUGCACAUAUGAAUGAGGAGAACAAAGGAGUAAUCCUUCAACAGUCUUGAUCCAAAAUGAAAUUAUUUCAGUAUUUAUUUAAUAAUGGAUUUUAACAAAUUUCCUCUAAGGAUAUUAAAAGGGAAAAAGCCUUGACAAUUAAGUUUGAAUGGCUGUGGAGUGUAAAAUGGAGAGCCACACAAGUUGAACUGCCUUGCUGCACCGUAGUCCCUCUCUCAUGUUGUACUGUAGGUGGCAGCCUGCGUAUGCUGUAUCACAAGCCAAAAAAAAAAAAACUUGGAAAUCCAAUUUGCCACAGUACAGACAGUUAAUUUCUUUGCUAAUUUUAUAAAUGCUGCAAAAAUGUUUGGCUGCGCUGAUGCAAUAAUAUUAUGUGAAAGAGGAUUAUGUAGAGCGGUAGCUUGUGGCCAGGGAAGGUUCAUAAACUAUAGGUUGUACUGAGCUCUUUAUCUUCAAACCUGGUUUAAUUAAACGCUACUCCUUACUAAUAUCUGCAUCAAAAUUGCCUUGUACCUGAGCUAAUAAAAUGUUCAAAUGACGUGUGGAGUCACUCAUGUAUGAAAAUGGCUUUCACAGUGGUUGUACUGUAAGGAAUAUACUGAAAUAUUGCUUUUUAAGGAUUAUUGAAUGGUGUUUUCUUGUACCCUAUAGUAUUUUUAAACUUGAAGUCUGUUGUCCAAUAAAUCCUUUGGCGAUUACUGUGC